AUGAGUGAAAAUAUUGAAAAAAAGGUCGAAAAGCUAGAAAUUAGCGAAGAAAGGCAAGCUAAAGAGGCUACUCCCGAGAAUGUUGCUCAUCAGCCAAAGUUGGCUGUUGGUCCUGAUGGAAAACCGGUCAUUGGUCCUGAUGGAAAGCCAAUGACGAAGAAGGCUUACAAGAAGUUCUUAAAAGAGCAAGCUAAGGCUGCAAAGAAAGCUGCAAAGGCUGCCCGCCUUGCAAAAGAGAAAGCUGAAAGAGAAGCAAAAGAGGAAGCCAACGAUUUCUCCAAGGGAAAGUAUGGAAAACUUCCAUUAAUGAACUCAUCUAAGGAUAUGAUAACAGGAGAAAAAAGAUAUCAGCUUAGCAAACUUUCUGCAGCGGAUGAUGGAACCGAGGUCUUGUUCAGGGCUCGUGUGCAUACAUCUAGACAGCAGAGUGCUAACAUGUUGUUCCUUGAGUUCAGACAGAAGAACGAUAUUCUACAGGGCCUUCUCCGUGCCGAUAAGGAAACUGUGUCUAAGCCAAUGGUGAAAUGGGCUGCCGGAUUGCAUCUUGAAUCCAUCGUUCUUGUUAGUGGUCAGAUCAAGACAGUGAAAGAGCCGGUGAAAAGUGCAACUCUACAGGAUAUUGAAGUUCAUGUGACUAAAAUCUUUGAAAUUGAUGAGACACCGGAAAAGUUGCCAUUACUUGUUGAGGAUGCCUCACGGUCAGAGGCUGAGUCAAAAAAGCUUGGCUUACCGAUGGUUAACCUUGACACCCGUUUGGACUAUCGUGUCAUUGACUUAAGAACGGUUACAAAUCACUCUAUUUUCAGAAUUCAACAUGGAAUUAGUGCUCUUUUCCGUGAAUUUUUGACCAAACGUAGAUUCACUGAAAUACAUACUCCAAAACUGAUUGGAUCACCUUCUGAAGGUGGCUCUAACGUCUUUGAGGUGUCUUACUUCAAUAGAAAAGCUUAUUUGGCUCAAUCGCCACAAUUCUACAAGCAGCAAUGUAUUGCUGCUGACUUUGAAAGAGUUUUUGAAAUUGGAUCGGUUUUCAGAGCUGAAAAUUCAAAUACGCAUCGUCAUAUGACCGAGUUCGUUGGUCUUGACAUGGAAAUGGCCAUUGAGGAGGAUUAUCAUGAAGCCAUCAAGAUGCUCUGCGAUAUGUUCAUUUUUAUGUUCACUGAAUUGAAAAAGAGAUACGCAAAGGAAAUCGCGGUUGUGAGAAAGCAAUAUCCAGUCGAGGAAUUUAAAAUUCCAAAGGACAUGGUUGUCAUUAAAUUCCCUGAUGCUGUCAAGAUGCUCAGAGAAGCUGGAAGACAGAUGGAUGACUUCGAUGAUUUAACUACUGAGAACGAGAAGCUUCUUGGUAAGAUUGUGAGGGAAAAGUAUGAUACUGAUUUCUAUGUUUUGGACAAGUUCCCGGCUGCAGUUAGACCAUUUUACACCAUGCCUGACCCUGAGGAUCCACGUUACUCUAACGCCUACGACUUCUUCAUGAGAGGUGAGGAAAUUUUGUCCGGUGCUCAGCGUAUUCAUGAACCCAAAUUGUUGGUGAAAAGAAUGAAGGAAUCUGGCGUUGAUCCAACUGGUCCUGGUUUCACUGAUUACAUUGCCGCAUUCUCAUACGGCUGUCCUCCUCAUGCUGGUGGUGGUAUCGGUUUGGAGAGAGUUCUUAUGUUCUUUUUGGAUUUGAAGAAUAUCAGACGUGCUUCCCUAUUCCCAAGAGAUCCAAAGCGUUUACGUCCAUGA